GCUUGUGGUAUUUGGCAGCUGUAUGGUCCUUCCUAGCAGAAAUCAGCUGACUGUGCCACACCACACACUCCUCUCUGUUGUCAUGUGCAAAUGCAGUCUCACAGGUAUGGAUUCCUUUCGAUUUUAUGGAGUGAGGCGUGCUUUGGAGCGUGUUCUUCAUGGCCAAAAGGAAAAUGAUGAUGACAGUGAUUUUGAUGAUAAUACAGAGGAAUGUCCAGACUAUGGGAGUGAUUACAUGCCGGAUGAUGAAGAGCUGGAACGGGCACCGUUGAUUGAUGAACCUGAUGACCCUCCUGAAUCAAGACCAGGACCUUCACAGCAGAAUCAAGGUCACAAGAUGGCUUCCAGUAAAAUAAAACGUAGUGAGCACCCACUAUGGCGUCAAAUUGAAGGCCAGAACACUAGCUUAGACACACCUGAAUGGUUGGGUGAGAUUGAGCCCUCUACCACAGUCAGGCGUCCCAUUGAGUAUUUCCAGGAUUUUUUUUCUUCUGAUAUUUUGACCCACAUUGUUGAUCAGAGUAAUCUCUAUGCACAGCAGAAAAAUGUUGGUAAAAGUUUAAAUCUCACUGUCCCUGAACUAGAGCAAUUUUUGGGAACAUUACUUGCCAUGUCACUGGUGAAACUGUCAUGCUCAAGAUUAUACUGGAAGGCUAAGCUCAAUUGUCCCCUUGUUUCAGAAGUAAUGACUAGAGAUAGAUGGGAAGAAAUCAAAGCCAACCUCCACUUCAAUGAUAACAGUGACAUGCUGCCAAGUACUGGCCCAAAGUAUGAUAAACUUUUCAAAGUGAGACCUCUGCUGGAUCAUCUUGUUACCAAGUUUCGUGAAAUUCCCAUGCCACAAAGAGUAUGUGUAGAUGAACAGAUGGUUCCAUUCAAGGGUGCAUCUUCUUUGAAGCAGUAUUUGCCCAGUAAACCACAUAAGUAUGGUUACAAAGUUCUGACACUCUGUGGUAUUGAUGGUAUCAUGUAUGACUUCAUGAUAUACAGUGGACCAAUACAGCCUGUGGAUGGUGAGCCUGACCUAGGUGCUAGCUCCAAUGUAGUUUUGCAUUUAGCCAAGCAUAUCCCUAAGGAAAAAAAUCACUUGUUGUAUUUUGACAACUGGUUCACCUCACUCCCACUAAUGACUGUACUGGCUAAGAAACAGAUCUACUGUUUGGGUACAGUGAGAAUAAAUCGCCUUCAAGGCAUAUCCUUUGAAAAUGACAAGGCUUUGGGAAAGAAAGGAAGGGGUACACACCAGGAAAAGAAGGCUAUGGUGGAUGAUGUUGAGGUUCGGGCUAUGAAAUGGAUGGACAAUAAAGGCGUCACUUUGCUGUCAACAUUUGCAUCAGCAGAGCCUGUGGGGGAGUGUAAGAGGUAUGACAAAAAGGCUAAGGCUGUGGUCACGGUCCCAUGUCCUGCAGUUGUGACAGAAUAUAAUAAAUUCAUGGGUGGUGUGGAUUUGAUGGACUCACUCAUAUCACUUUACAGAAUCCACACCAGGUCCAAGAAGUAUUAUCACAAGAUAUUUUUUCAUUUUCUGGAUGUCACAGUUGUGAACUGUUGGUUACUAUACCGCAGAGAUUCUAGCGACCUAGACAUUCCUGAACGAAAAGUAAUGAUGCUUCAGGAAUUCAAAUUGUUACUGGCAGAAUCCCUGCUUCUUGAAGGGAAAAAUCCCAUGGCUAAGAAAAGAGGUCGUCCCUCCUCUAAUGGAGGAAGUGCUGCACAGUUUGCAAAGAAAAAGAAAAGCUCCCCUGCCACUAAGCCCAUUCCUGCAGAAGGAGUCAGGACAGAUGGCUAUCACCAUUAUCCAAUGGUGACAACAAGAGGAAGGUGCAAGAAUCCAGACUGUAAAAGUGCCCCUGUGUUCUACUGUCAGAAGUGUAAAGUACACUUGUGUAUCACCAAAGAUAAAAAUUGCUUUGUUGAAUUCCACACAAAGUAAAUGAACAAGCAAAAAUGAUAUUUAGUUCAUGGAUAUAUUUUACUAAAUGAAUAAAAACAUUCAAUAUUGUUUUCACAUGUGCCAAGGUUUUUUUUUUUUUUUUUGUAUAAGCAAUUUCUUCUAUUAUCAUAUUAUGCAUGGUUUAUAUACACCGUUGUCAGUUUUUGUUCGUAAAACCAAUUUACUUUUGUGUUUGAAAGCUAUGUAUGGAUUAUAUAUUCAGUUAUAUAUGUUAUUAUGCAGUACCAUAGGUGAAACUGAAUCAAUUGUAUACUACGCUGAAUUAGCUACUUGAUGUUGAAGUAUUGUUUUCCAGAAAUAAAGAGUGUUCAUG